ACACAGGGAUGAGUCACCGAGGGACGAGGGAUGGGAGUGGACGGGAGUGGACGGGUAGGAUAUGGACACCGUCAGCCGGCCCAGGCGGUGGAGCCAUAACAAUAGGAAAGCGCCCCCAAUGGCCCGAGGAAUCGGGCUGGACACAGGAAGAGCUACGAGAAACGCACUCCCAUCUCUGGAAGCUUCUGUGGCCCCGAGACCGGGCGGACAUGCUCCCAGCAUCGAUGGAAGGAGGGCGCGAUGAAACGGACCCAGGGCAGCAGGAGGCACUCAGAGCAGACGAUGGGAAGGACCGGGCUCUGAGAAGGUUCCGGUUCCAGACUCACGGGUGGUUUCGGACGCAGAGGUGAAAGGAGCAGCGAGCAGGUCUCAAGAGCUUAGGCUGCGAAGAUUUGGGCUUCCCAACCAUCUGCUUCAUCCAGAGACUUCCAGCAGAUGAGGAGCUGGGAGACGCCAACACCAUCUUCACGGGGCCGGGGAGAGUGAUUUGAAGCGCGUUCUUCUCUGGCAGGCCUAGGUCUCUGCAGGCCAGGAUGGCCCAGGACCUCAGCGAAAAGGAGCUGCUGAAGAUGGAGGUGGAGCAGCUGAAGAAGGAAGUGAGGAACCCAAGAGUGCCGGUUUCUAAGACCGGAAAGGAAAUCAAGGAGUAUGUGGAGGCCCAAGCAGGAAACGAUCCUCUCCUCAGAGGCAUCCCAGAGGACAAGAACCCCUUCAAGGAAAAAAGCGGUUGUGUCAUCAGCUGAUGGCACCUGUCAUCCCGGUGUCUGUCCCGCCUCUGCCCCACCUACCUGGAACCAAAUGUCCUGGGACACCCCCAGGGGACCGGUGACUUUUCACCUUCCUAUUGUCACAGGGCCAGGGAGGAUCCCAGUGCCCUUGUGCUGUGAAUUAAUUCCCCAGCACCUCUACCCAGGCUUGUCUCCCAUUAUCUCCUCCAGCCACCGGCUCCCUGUGGAUCCUUCUGGCACCCUUAAGAGAGCGUUCCUGGCUCAGCAAAUGGCACUUUGUCGGGUGGCAUCUGGAAAGCUGGCCAGAGUGCAGCCCUCAGGAAACGUCCUCCUAGAAGCCCUCGUUGG